AUGACUUCUCAAGCCAGCAACACCGAAAUGACCGAUACGUCAAGAUUGCACCCUCACUGGGAGUCCCCAGCCAAUAGUUACACAAUUCCUGGUCCCUCGACCGAGACAAGCUCUGGUAAUGUAGAAUCAUCCCAGAGCUGCCAGGAACCCAGCACCCCAAACGCGCCCGGAGAUGCUUUCGUGGAUAUUGACUUGGGCAAUCCCUCAACCCCACUCAACGACAGCAGCAACAACGAGAAAAAGGAAAAGAAGAAAGGCCGACACUACGACAGAUAUGACACACGGGGCCUUAUUAUGGUAGCCAUCGUCCUCGGCCUAAUUGCAGGCUCGGGCUAUCUCAUGUGGGGAGAGUUCCACAAAGAUAAGCACGAACGAAGUGCCAGUGUGAACAGCACAAACGAGACUGCCCCCAACGUGACUCUGGCGACGCGCGAUGUCCCCAAAGUCGUUUUGCCUCUGUGGGAUGAUAAUGAUCAUAAUGAUGACUCGGACGACGUCAGCGCAGAAGAUAUACCGGGCGGCAUGCCUCCGAACGAAAAGUCUGAGUGUAUGUGUCCCCUGGUGCAAGAGUAA